AUGGCUCAAGGCAAUCGCGUGAGAAGACUUUAUUCUGAUCUUGAACGAGCCACUAUUGUGAAUCCCCAAACCCUGUUAGAUUAUCUCCUUGCAUGCUAUCCAGUUUUCCUCAUGCUGUCAUUCGCCGUGGUCUAUAUAAUCCAAGUGUUCGUCAAGAGCAAGACCGAACAAAAAGACCCGCAGAACAAAGAUAGCCAGGUUUCCAGGCAGAUCCGGAACCCGAUGGCUUUCAGACAGAUUCAGCCUUUCUCCCGCAGCGUCAAACAAUGCUUCAACUGGCUCUCAGCUGGUGUGCUUGUGACGUUCCUUGCAAAUGCGACGAUAUAUACUACCCAUGUGUUAAUGGCGCGCUCCGAGUGUUGGUGGCGCGGGCAGUCUGCAGUGAUUUAUAUCGUCGGCUCUAUUUUUGCCUACACAGUUAUCCUUGUCAGCAUACUCGAUACCACCCCGUCCCCGACGGCCGCUCAACGUACAUGUUGGUCCUUCGCCAUUCCUACCGAGCUCAUCAUUCUUACAACCUCCCUCUCAAUUUACAACUCAGAACAUUAUGAGCCAGUAGUCGGAGACCCCAACGGAGGCGCGAUGCACCAAAGGAUCACCUUCUGGGAGUGCAUGGAAGCGAUCCCCAACGGUGUCCGUAUAUUGAUUCUGGUCUCUCUUUUUCUACUCUACUCUGCCAAGUCCGGUGCUCUCAUAGGCCAUGACGGAGAUUCGGAGGAAGACCAAGGUUGUGUGACUGAGACAACCAGGCUGCUGAACCCUCCGCGCACAGAGAUUUCUGUUGUUAAUGGUCACGUCUCUGGUUCAACAAGUGGAAUUGCAAGACCCGCGGAGCCCAAACCACGGAGUUCCUGGGCACGACCAGAAGCAUUACCAUCUAGGAGCUAUGUGGAGUAUCUUAGUGGCUUCUCGCGUUUUUUUUCCCUACAUGUGGCCCUCCGAGUUCCCCCGCCUACAGGCUGUGGCAGUGAUUUGUUUCCUGCUUGUGAUUCUCCAGCGAGUUCUCAAUGUGUGGAUACCCAUUCAGAUUGGGACAAUUACUAG